AUGGGGAAAUUUGUUUCGUUCGUGUUGGCAGCACUGUGCGUGACUUACGCUGUGGCUUCAAGAGAAACAUUGAAAAGCAUAGCUUACAGUUUCCUGAAAGUUCUGGAUGAGUGCAAACAUGAGUUAAAUCUACACGAAAACAUUUUAGUAGACCUAUAUCACUUUUGGAAGGAGGAAUACGAUGAAUUGAAGCGAGAUACGGGGUGUGCUAUCAUGUGUAUGAGCCAGAAACUAGAGCUCGUUGAUAGGAGUGGAAAUCUUCAUCACGGAAAUGCGCAAGAGUUUGCCUUGAAGCACGGCGCAGAAGAAGAGGUAGCUCAGAAACUGGUGAACAUGGUGCAUGACUGUGAAAAGCAGCACACAGUGCAAGAUGACUCCUGUCUACGCGCGCUUGAAGUAGCCAAGUGCUUCAGAAGUGGGAUUCACGUCCUGAAAUGGACUGCCCCCGUAGAAGUAAUGGUGGGGGAGGUGUUGACUGAGGUCUGA